AUGGCGCUCCACGUCGAGCACUACAACUCGCUGGUCGCGACGGCGGGCGCAGUCGGCGGCAACAAGGCUGGCGUCGCCCGCGUUAAGAGCUUCCCGCCGCCUAGCGUCAUGACGGCGGUCGCCAAGGCUGUCGGCUUCUCCGAGACGGCGUUCGUUGUCCUGACCUCGGAGCCGAACGUCGUCGCCGUGCGGUUCUUCACGCCCGAGGGCGAGGUCGACCUCUGCGGCCACGCGACGAUCGCUGUCUUCUCGGCCAUGCCCCGCAAUGCGAGCUACGUCAUGCAGACAACGACGCAAGGGUCGCUGCGCGUUGUCGUCGACGCCAACGGGCGCGUGUGCAUGGAGCAGUCCAAGCCGACGUUCCGGCCGCUCACCGCGCCGGCCGACGUCGACGCCAUCCUUGCCGCGCUCAACCUGCCGCGUGCGCAUCUCGGCGACGUUCCGAUCACGAUCGUGUCGACGGGGCUGCCCGACAUCUUCGUGCACGUCGCCUCCUCGCAUGUGCUGCACGACGUGAUGCGCCCGGACAUGGCGGCGAUUGCAGCGCUCUCGACGCAGCACAACACGAUCGGCAUGCACGUGUUCACGCUGUCGCCGGACGAAGACGACGUGACGGCCGAGUGCCGCAACUUCGCGCCGCGCUUUGGCAUCGACGAAGAGGCCGCGACGGGCACCUCGUCCGGUGCCCUCGGCGCGCUGCUGCUGCACCACGGUCGCGCCACGUCACCGCUGACGUUUUCCCAAGGCCGGCGCAUGGGCUUGCCGUCGCGCAUUGGCUGCAUCAUCACCACCGAGGCCGCGUCGAUCACAGGCGUCGAGAUCUCGGGUAUCGCCGACCCCUGCGGCGGCCAGGAUGUCGACGUGGACGCGUCAUCCUUGUAA